UCCUGGGUCUCGGGCAUCUCAACAAUUCCUACAACUUCAGCUUCCACGUGGUCAUCGGCUCUCGGGCCGAGGAGGGCCAGUACAACCUCAACUUCCACAACUGCUACAACUCAAAGCCGGGCCGGGAGCAGCCCUUCGACAUCACAGUCAUGAUCCGGGAGAAGAACCCCGAGGGCUUCCUGUCAGCGGCGGAAAUCCCCCUCUUCAAGCUGUACAUGGUCAUGUCUGCCUUCUUCCUGGCCGCUGGCAUCUUCUGGGUGUCCGUCCUCUGCAAGAACACGUACAACGUCUUCAAGAUCCACUGGCUUAUGGCAGCCCUGGCUUUCACCAAGAGCAUCUCCCUUCUCUUCCGCAGUAUCAACUACUACUUCAUCAACAGCCAGGGCCACCCCAUUGAAGGCCUCGCUGUCAUGCACUACAUCACGCACCUGCUAAAGGGCGCCCUCCUCUUCAUCACCAUCGCCUUGAUCGGCUCUGGCUGGGCCUUCGUCAAGUACGUCCUGUCAGACAAGGAGGAGAUCAUCUUUGGGAUCGUGAUUCCACUGCAGGUCCUGGCCAACGUGGCCUACAUCGUCAUCGAGUCCCGCGAGGAGGGUGCCAGUGACUACAUGCUCUGGAAGGAGAUCCUCUUCCUGGUGGAUCUCAUCUGCUGUGGUGCCAUCCUCUUCCCUGUGGUCUGGUCCAUCCGGCAUCUCCAGGACGCAUCCGGCACAGAUGGAAAGGCAGUGGCAGUGAACCUGGCCAAGCUGAAGCUGUUUCGCCAUUACUACAUCAUGUCAUCUGCUACGUGUACUUCACACGGGUCAUCGCCAUCCUGCUGCAGGUGGCCAUGCCGUUCCAGUGGCAGUGGCUGUACCAGCUCUUGGUGGAGGGGUCCACCCUGGCCUUCUUCGUGCUCACCGGCUACAAGUUCCAGCCGGCAGGUGACAACCCGUACCUGCAGCUGCCCCAGGAGGAUGAGGAGGACACGCAGAUGGAGCAGAUAAUGACGGAUUUUGGGUUCCGGGAAGGCCUAUCCAAAGUCAACAAGACAGCCAGCGGCCGGGAGCUUCUGUGAUCAUCCCCCAGUGUCUGGAACUGUCCUCCUUCCCCCACCUCCCGCCUCCACCCUCCGCACACAUUCCUCACCCUCCAGCUCUGCUCCCAAAGCACGUGUGGUGGGGGAGAAGGGUGGUGCGGUGGUACAGCCCCCUGCUCUCCAGGACUGGAGGCCCAGGAGCCCAUUCAGAAGAGAGCUCCCUUGUCUCCUCUCCCCCCACCCCGGGGCAGCCCUGUCCCUGCCCCAGAGCCACCCACCGCUCAACAACUGUGCAAUAAUGACCGAUCUGUUUUGCUAAAAAAAAAAAAAAAAAAAA